CUUAGCAGAAUCAACGGCUUCCAAAGCCCUUGUGAUGAUAAACUAGGCUGCUGUGGAGAAGUUAACAUUUUUAUUCAGAAAUGCACACUGUAUUGCGAAAUCAGGAAGACCAUUCACUGACUAUGUAACACUCUGCAUGUUAGAUAAAGCAAAAGGUUUGCAGAUUGGCAAUACUUAUCUAACCGAUAAGUAUUGCCAGCAGUUUGUGUCAUAUAUAGCUGAUGUACAUAGAGAUCUACAGAAAGAGAAAGUUGAACAUGCUUCAUUCCUUUCAAUUAUAUCGGAUGGAUCUACUGAUACCUCUUCUAAGGAAACCGAAAUCGUAUAUAUUAAAGCAUCUGUGAACUGUGAGGUGUUCACAUACUUUGCUGGACUAAAACAUGUUAGCAAAGCUGACGCCGAGGGGAUUUCAAGAGCCAUUUCAGGCUUAUUGGAUACAAGAUUUGGACCCCUUUGGCGUUCCAAGGUGGUCGCCAUGAGCACUGACGGAGCUUCGGUUAUGGUGGGUAAAAAAGGGGGCGUUGUCAAGAUGAUCAGCUACAUGACAAACAGGCCUUUUCUUAAGGGGAUACACUGCUCAGCACACAGGUUUGAAUUGGCGUACAAAGAUGGCAUCAAAGAUAUUCCAAUACAUAAGAAGUGUGAACUCCUUCUUCUAAAUUUGUAUCUGUUCUACAAAUACAGUUCACUGAGCAGAGCAAAUCUUAAGAUAGCAUUUGAUUCCAUUGGGAAAAAUGUUGGUCCCAACCCGUGUAGGUGGAACAAGGUGGUUACCCCAUACUGA